CAGCCGGAGGAGCCGGCCCGGCCCCGGCCGGGGAGCGGGGACAGGCGGGGCGAGCAGAGGCGCUUUCCUGCCCGGCCCCGGCCCGCGGUCUCCCCCGCCGCCGUGCCCGGCGCAGGAGCUCCUGCGGGCGGGGCCCGGGGGGCUGGAGCGGCGGAGCGGGCGGGGCCGGGAGGCGGGAGCGGGCGGGCGGCGCUGGGGAGAACAAAGGGCCGAGCAGGUCCCGGCAGCCCCGGCUGGGCCACGGGGAGACCUUCGGGGCCGCGGCUGCUCGCCCGGCCGGAGCGGGCUUCCCCCGCGGGGCUGGGCCUCGCCCCGGGCCGGACACCAGGGAGAACGCCUGGGAUGAAUGGAGAAUGUGAAAUGGACAAAACCCCUUCUGAAAUCACUCCAAUUGCCCUUCUCGCCCUGACAGGCUGCAGAAUAACAUCCAUAUUUUGCUCUGGAUUAUCCCAUCCUCCCAAGGGAAAGGAAAUGGCGUCGGAGGAACCAGCUCAGGGGCUGGUGACCUUCGAGGAGCUGGCUGUGUACUUCACGGAGGGGGAAUGGGCUCUGCUAGACCCUGCUCAGAGAGCCCUCUAUAGGGAGGUCAUGCAGGAGAACUAUGCCACUGUGGCCUCACUGGGGUUUCCAGUUUCCAAACCUGAUGUGAUCUCCCGGCUGGAACGAGGGGAAGAGCCAUGGGUCCCAGAUCUCCAGGGCUCUGAGGAAAGAGAGCUCCAGACAGGAGAUGGGAUGCUGAGUGAGAACAAGGAGAAGAAUCCGCAGCAGGAAGAUGCUGAGCAAGUAGAACCACGUGGGACAUUAGCAGGAAGAACCAAAGGGAAAGUUUCUUGGAGUUGUGCAGAGGCAAAAGCCUGUGAGAGUCAGCAUAGGCCAGAGAAAAGCUUCCGUAGCGACUCAGAUGUUAUUAGACAUGAGAGAAUUAACAUGGGAGAGAGACCCUACACAUGCCUUGAGUGUGGAAAAAGUUUUAGUCAGAGCUCAAACCUCAUCACACAUCAGAUAAUCCACACAGGAGAGCGACCCUACACGUGCUUUGAGUGCGGGAAAAGCUUCAGUCGGCGCUCAGACCUGAUCAAACAUCAGAGAGUCCACACCGGAGAGCGACCCUACACGUGCUCUGAGUGUGGGAAAAGCUUCAGCCAGAGCUCGAGCCUCAACAAACAUCAGAGAAUCCACACAGGAGAGCGUCUCUACACAUGCCUUGAGUGCAGGAAAAGUUUUAUAAACAGAUCACACCUUCUCGCACAUCAGAGAAUCCACACAGGAGAGCGACCCUACAUGUGCUCUGAGUGCGGGAACAGCUUCAAACUCUACUCUCACCUCAUCACACAUCUGAGAAUCCACACAGGAGAGCGGCCAUACACAUGCCUUCAAUGCGGGAAAAGCUUCAGCCAGAGGUCACAGCUUACCACACAUCAGAGAAUCCACACAGGAGAGCGACCCUACACGUGCUCUGAGUGUGGGAAAAGCUUCAAACACAAGUCACACAUGUUGGCACAUCAAAGAAUCCACACUGGGGAGACACCCUACACAUGCUCUGAGUGUGGGAAAAGGUUUAGUGGGAGCUCAACAUUCAGCAUACAUCAGAGAAUCCACACAGGAGAGAGACCCUACUCAUGCUCUGAGUGCGGGAAAAGCUUUUGUUGGAGCUCAGCUUUUAUCAAACAUAAGAAAAUCCACACAGGAGAUGGGAUGGUGAGUGAGAACAAUGAGAAGAGUCCCCAGCAGGAAGAUGCUGAGCGAGUAGAACCACGUGGGACAUUAUCAGGAAGAUCCAAAGGGAAAGUUUCUUGGAGUUGUGCAGAGACAAAAGCCUGUGAGAGUCAGCAUAGGCCAGAGAAAAGCUACAGUAGCAGUUCAGAUGUUAUUAGACAUGAAAGAAUGAACACGAGAGAGAGACCUUACCAAUGCCUGGAGUGCGGGAAAAGCUUCAGAUUGAGCACACACCUUAUCGCGCAUCAGAUAAUCCACACAGGGGAACGACCCUACACGUGCUCUGACUGCAGGAAAAGCUUCAGUCGGCGCUCGGACCUGAUCAAACAUCAGAGAGUCCACACAGGAGAGCGACCCUACAAGUGUUCCGAGUGUGGGAAAAGCUUCAGCCAGAGCUCGACCCUCAGCAAACAUCAGAGAAUCCACAUGCGAGAGAGAUCCUUCACAUGCCCCUGAGCGCGGGGAAAAGUUUUAGACAGGACUCGGCUUUUAUCAGACAUAAGAGAACCCACACAGUAAUGCCGUAAAUGUCUUGUCUAGGGCUGGACCAAGAUUUUUUUGUAAAAUACAUUAGCUAAUUCCCACAUCGUUUGCACCAUUUUCUUCAGUGUGGUCUCUCAGCUCCACGUGAGUUGCCUGCCUCUGUCUUUCACACCUCCCCCUUCUUUGUGGUGAAUCCCAUGAUGAAGGCUACGAUUUAGUCAUGGGUAUUUUUACUAGAAGUCAUGGACAGGUCAUGGGCAAUGAACAAAAAUUCAUGGCCUGUGACCUGCCCAUGACUUAUACUGUAAAUACCCCUGGACUAAAUCUUAGGUGUUGGGGGAGGGGCUCCAGGGCGCUGCAGGUGCCGGGGGGAGGUCUCCGGGGCGCUG